UCUGCAUAGGUAUUUUCUGUUACAAAUCGACAUCAAAACCAAGAAGAUUUUAGCAUAUGAACGAUAAUGUAUAUCUUCGGCUUUCGGGGAAAAACCUCAUGAAAUAUGUAAGGGUUUCCAACGUUUCGGCAAGCACUGCACUUUUCAUCAUCAGAGUGAAUUAACUCUGCAGAUGGCAACUGCAAUGUUAGCCGAAAUGUCAGAAAGCCCUGAACAUUCCAAGUGUCUCAUCCCCGAAAGCCGAAGAUACACAUUAAACAAUAGCCACGAAAACCUAAGGACAAGAAUAUGAAAUAUUUUCUAAUUAUAUGCAAUAUGGUACAUUUUAAUGUGUUUCUGCGUAACAUUUUAUAUUAAACAUAACAUAUGCGCUUUUGUAAUGGUGAAACAGGGUAUUCGGUACACUGACUGAGAAGAAUAAAAGGAGCUAACUUUCACUCCCGCUUAUUAAAAUUACUUCAAGAAAGAAGAAACAAGAAGAAGAAAGGCAUAUGUUCAUGCUAUCGUCUUCUAGAUCGCCUUGAGCUCACAAUGCGUAUCAAACGUGACUGCAAAGCACUGUAGGCCAUUUGUCGAGUAACGUUUUGGUGGCAGUUUUCACUAAGACAAGGAAAUUUCUUUAUGGACUAUUACUGUACAGAAGUUCUUGUGGGGAGGUGAUUAAUACAAACCGUGUUCAUAUCUCCAAAGUGCAUUAUCUUACUAUUAUUAAUUUCUCUUUUAGUUGUGUUCAGUCGUGAAAUGAGAUAAGAGCGUUGGUUUUCAAAGAAGUUAACGGACCCUCCAUAAAUUAUCAAAAUGAAAUUUCAUUUGAUCUUUGUGCCAUUGGUGGCAGCAGUGUGUCUGGUUCUUCGUACUGGAGACGCUGGACGUUUUAAUCUGAAUCAGUUGUCCCGCAAAGUAAGAGCUACCAGAGUUCCGCUUCUAAUCAACGUGCCCGACAACCCGUCAGGUGCAUUUAAACAGCAGCUACGAGAAACCUCACCAGAGUCGUUCCAGACAACCAACAACCGUGGAGUAACAGUAGUGGAGAUUGUCAGAUCAGUAGAGGUGAAACUGAACGGUUCCAACGAAUUGAAUGCCGAAACUACUUCUAUGGUAACGGACGAUUUAUUGUUUUCCGAUAUCGAUAAUGAGAAUAAUGUAAAACAAAUUUCAAGGCAGAGCGCAGAGAGACAUAAAGACAACAGCAGAGCAAAGUAUAGGAGAAUUAAAGAAGGCGCUAUUCUUCCAGUAACAUCAAUUGAAACAAACGACGAAAACGAAGAAAAUGACUGGAAAUCUACGCCAAAAGGAAUAUUUCGUAAAAAUUUGCCUUACGAAGGUUUAGACUUCAAUAGCAGAAUAUUAUUAGGGAACGUACUUGUUCGAAAAUGUAAUAAUGAAAUUGGGGAUCAUAAAUACAUCUAUUUCAGUGACCCAAACGUUUCUGACAACAAGCAUCAUGUAACCUAUAUUAAUCACAAUAGUUCCACUGCCUUCAACACUUCUAGAAUAAAUGUAAAAUUUCCCCCAAAGAUGCUUCCAUUUAAAAACAUAAAUGCACAACAGAACAGGCCAAACAAGACAAGUAUUACAAGCAAUAAAAUUUCUCAAUCACAAAAAGCACUUUAUCGUAGCAGAAUUGGAAAACAAAGUAGUAUUAACCUGAAGAAUAUAAAGCAUACUGAAAAUGAAAACAAGCAGAAUCUUCCAGAAUCAAUCCCUACUAACAUCCCGCAAACACAAGACAGAAAGGAAAGACUACAAGCGCUCACACAUUGGGAUUUUGGCAAGAAAACUCCGAAUAGUCCCACUGAUGAAAACAGUUACGUGCCCACUUCUAGCAUAUCAAAAAAACCUUCAAUGAAUCAAAUUUCGAGCGAUUUGGUUACAGAUUUACCUCAUACGGCACAGCCUUCAAGGUACACACUGCAGCCCAUAGAAGUGACGACCAGAAGACCAGUUACAGAGAAUGAAAUCGAACAACCGGUGGAACCUCAAGUUAUUCUUCAGAACGCCUUCCCGAAACAUCAAAAGUUUCGGAUUUAUAGUAAUAUCAACAACAUUCAAACUCUCCCAGUUGCCCCUACGGUAAACAUCGAGAGCGCUCAACCUGAUCACGGCAUCCAUACCCACAAUGGAAACGUAAUAAGGCAAUAUCUUGGAUCACACAUGUUUUCCAACAGCCAUUACAGCGGCGAUCUUGUGAGUGAAAAUGUUGAAGAUUUGAACGCGAGGGCACACAGUUCUCAGACAGCAACAGCACAAAACUACAUUCCUGUAGCUAAUAUCGUACAGCAAUCAGAGCAGCAACACGACGUGCAGAACAACUUGCGACCUGUAAUUUUUGUUCCACACGUCGCACUUCAGCAGCAACGGCACUUUCCUGCCGUCGUUACUUUGCAGGCUGUGGACGCCGGAGGAGUGACUCGUGGGAUACCUGUUGUAGCACAGCAUCAAAACUCUCCUCAUUUGUACCAGGCUGCCCUUGUUGAUCCCAACUCUGCUCUGCCAGUACAAAAUGCAGUCGUUUAUGAAGGUGUGUUGGUGCCGUACCCACGGGAUAAGCCUAUACAAGGAGAAUAUUCAGAGAUUGUGCCUGUAUAUUUUGCAUAAGACUGUAACUACACGAUAAUACUGUCAUAUCAGAUUAUUCACCUUCAAUAAAUUGAUACUAUUUCUAAUAAAAUAAGAAGAAAGUGA